UCCAGCCCAGUUCAGCCUUGGUGAGGGCAGAAGCGCUGCCACUCCUGCCCCAUUCUCUCCUUUCCUCCCUUCGCCCCGGGACCCGCCUGGCAUGGCGGAGGGUACACGGGGAAUUCCCUCCGGCGGCAGUGGUGGCAGCGGUGGUAGCGGCAGCGCCAGCUGCAGCAGUAGCAGCAACAGGAGCCUGCAUAGCAGCAUCAUCCAGUGUUGAUAAUUUCUGCAUUUGUGAAGGUUACAGUGUUCCCCGUUGUCUAAUGUAUGAGAUAUAUGUGGAGACCUGUGGACAAAAUGCUCAGAAUCAAGUGAACCCAGCUACAUUUGGGAAGCUUGUGCACUUAGUUUUUCCGGAUCUUGGUACCAGGAGGCUGGGCACAAGAGGAAGUACCAGGUACCACUAUGAUGGAAUCUGCAUCAAGAAAGGUUCCUACUUCUAUGACCAGUAUUGCUAUUUGCUGAGUGAAAAAAAGUAUCACAGCAGUGGGGAUGUGCCUGGAUUGGAAAAAUCAACUAAUUAUGACAGCCUCAUCCAAAGAAAAGGAACACUUGAUGUUAAUUCACAGACAAAGACAGAUACAGUUGGAUCUCCUUUGUGUGAAUUCAGGAGAUUUCCUUUUUGGGAGCAAGAACUGGCAAAAAAAUACUCUUAUAAAAUGGUUGUAUUUCUUGCUGACGAAUAUUGCAACUACUGUCAAGAUAUUUUACAAAAUGUGAGGAAUCAGGAGCUUGACAGGGUUGAAGAUUUGCUCUUUCUUUUUUGGAAGUCUCUGCAACAAGAUAUUGUAACGUUCAUGUCAUCACCUGAUGUUUGCCAGCUCUUUAAAUGCUAUGAUGCCCAGCUGUACAAGGAAAUUGAGGACAUUCUACUUCAUGAUUUCCUGGAAGAUGUUUCUAUUCAGUACCUGAAAUCAGUCAAGUUGUUUAGUAAAAAAUUUAAACUCUGGCUACUUAAUGCCUUGGAAGGUUUUCCACCCCUCUUACGGAUCUCCAAGAUCAAAGGAGUUACUGUGUUUGUCAAAAGACUAAGAAGAAAGACUUACCUUUCAAAUAUGGCAAAGACAAUGAGAAUGGUAUUAAAUAACAACAGGAGAGUCAACAUUUUAAAAUCAGACUUGCAUGCUAUUGUCAACCAAGGAGCUUUGGAUAUUCCUAGGAAACCUUUGCAGAAACAUUUUAGAAGUACAGAUGAACUGGAAAGCAACAUGGAGCUGAAAUGUUUAAACAAUUUGAUUUCUUUGCUGGGAACUUCAACAGAUGUCAGCGUCUUCCUGAACUGUGUGUCUUCAAAUCUCCAGGCAUUUGUCUUUCAGCCAAGCAGGAGCAAAGAAGAGUUUAUCAGACUGGCUGCUAGCUUCCAGCUGAGAUGGAACUUCCUCCUGACUGCCGUGAGCAAGGCCAUGACCCUCUGGCAAGCAGACAGUUUUGGCUCCUGGCAUCUAUUUAAUUUGCUACUUUUGGAAUAUGUGAUUCAUAUACUUCAGUCACGUAUAGAGGAUGAAGAGGAAGAGGAAGAUGGGGGCAAUCUCAAGGAAAUGCAGCCAAAUGACAAGUCUCCCAUCCAGUCCACUCAGGAGUCUCUCCAAAGUCCUGAUUCUCCAAUUAAACAACAUGAAAACCACAAUGAUGAGCCACCUAGUGUAACUCUGAUGACACACAUCAGCCAGAGUGAUGUUUGUCUGAGCAGCAUUAUCCUUAAGGUCCUGGGAUUUCUGGUGGACACUGCCACAGGCAAUAAGCUGAUCCAAGUACUGUUGGAAGACAAAGCCACUAAAAGCACAGUUAAAUUAGACCUUCCUGUGGGGCAAGAAGCCCUUGUAACUUUAAAAGAUGGACAGAAGUUUGUAAUUCAUACCUCAGAUGUACCACAGAGCCCUGAAAAUGUUUAUUUCACAGAAACCAAUGCUAAUAUUUAAGAAUAUGUAAAACACACAGGGAAACUGUAUUUUCACUCUUCAAGUAUACUACCUGGGCAACUUUUGCAAUGAAAAUGAAAGGAGCUUUACUGUACACAGUAGAUGUAGCUUUGUUUGACUUUUUUAUGUUUCGAUGUAUUUCCAAUGGUUGGCUUUGACCAAGCUCAUAAACUAAUUUCAAUUUUUUUUGCCUCCUUGCUAUUUCUUAGAGUCUUUCCUGGUAACUCUAUUUUUGUCCUUAACAGCUGAGAAGCUCGUGAAACAAAGAAAUCUUUCCAGGAAGUGAGCUACAUACAAGACAAAACUCGUGGGAGUUAUCACUGUUUGAAAGAGCAUAAACCAGUUCAAACUGUAAAAAGAAAAAUAAAAUCCUUCUCCUCAGCAUUAUUUUGUUAGGUCGUCAGAAUGUGUAGAAAGAAAUUCUCAGUCAUCAAAGAAUGGCAAGAAAAUAAUUAGAUAUCACUGUGGGACUUAAUCACUGGAUCAAAGAAUUUCUUUUUUCUCUAUCGUAACAAUUUUGGGGGGGAUAAGGUAGAAUUUAGCACAUAUAUCUGUAAUAAAUGAUGUCUCUUUUACUUUACCUCUAUUUCUUUUUUCUGUAUAGCCAAAGCAUUAAAACCAUUUGAAAC